GCUGUUUAUGACGUAAAAGAAAAUAAUUUGCAUCUUUUAUAGCUAGUAUAAAAAGGCUUCGAAAUCCUGGUAGUUUAUCAGUUUCAUCGACUCGAUAACGUUCAUCAUGUUCUAUAAGGUUGCAAUCCUUUUCGCUACAUUGGUAGCUGUUCAGGCUACAGCACUUCUUCACGGAGUUGCCUUAGUAAAUACUGGAGCCAGCGCCAGCUCAAGGAGUCAGGAUGCUCAUGGAAAUUACGCUUUUGGUUAUGACAUCGUCGACGGUAAGGGUGCUUCCAACUCUCGCUCCGAGGUAGGUGAUGCUCAUGGCAACAAGAAGGGAUCUUACACCCUUCACGACAUCGACGGAAGAGCCAGACGAGUGGACUACGUCGCUGAUGCUCAUGGUUUCAGAGCAGCCGUCAAGACCAACGAGCCUGGGACCGCCCUCAGUGCCCCUGCAGCUGCCCUCGUCGCUUCCCCCCUACGCCGGCCCUGUUGCCCCAGUAGCUCACCACGUUGCUGUUGCCCCAGCAGUGGCACCAGUAGUUGUCGCUCCUCACUCUGCUACAGUUGUCAGUCAUGUGGCACCAGCUCCCAUUGCCCUUGCUGGACACGGACUUGCCUACAACAGUAUAGUCAAUACCCAUGGGCUUGGACUUCUUUCGCCAUAUGGAUUGGGUUACAAUGGAUUAGCUUACGGAAAAGGACUUGGAUAUGGGCUUUUAAGCGCAAUUCAUUAAAAUAUUGUAAUUUAUAUUUUCAGAGUAUUUAAAUAAAAUAUCUAAGUCAUCACUUAUUUAGAUUUUAUUUUAUU